UUACUAUCCGUUGUGGAUCCAUAGAGGAGAGAGGGAGAGAGAGAGAGAGAGAGAGAGAGAGGCUCUAACACCACCACCUACAAAGAGUUAGUAAAAGAGUUAAAAGAGUUAUUCUCCUCUAGAGGGAAUUAAAUCAAGCACCUCGUCGGCAGAACCUAACCCUAACCCUAGCCCUCAUGGCGAGACCCUCCUCCUUCUUCUCCCUCCUCCUCCUUCUCUUCCUCACCAUUCUCGCCUCCUCCGCCUACGCCCAUGGCGACCUCCCGCUGAGCUGGAUCCCGGCUGGCUCCGCCUGCCGCGGCACGAUCGGGGAGUGCCUCGGCGUCGGCGACGGGGAUGUGGUGGAGGAGCUCGGACUCGCGAGCGCGGAUCCGAGUCGCCGCGUCCUCGCCUUGUCCGGGUACAUCAGCUACGACGCGCUCCGCCGCGACAGCGUCCCCUGCUCCCGCCGCGGCGCAUCCUACUACAACUGCCGCCCCGGGGCCCAGGCCAACCCCUACUCGCGCGGAUGCUCCGUCAUUACCAGGUGCCGCAGCUAAAUGGUGAGCUCACCCCACUCCUCUCUCAAAACCCCCUUCUCCUCCCUUACUUCUUACUCCUCCCUCCGCCUUUGUAUUUCGGGUUAGGAGAAGGGGGAUAUGUUACCUUUUCUUGUACCUUUGGAGAAAUAGAGUGGUUAAUUGGGUAUGUGAUGCUGCUGCUGCUGCUACUACUAUUGUUGUUGUUGUUGUUGUUGUUGUUUUCGGAAAUCAAUAAGUGAGAGUGUUGUUGUAAUGGGUAUUGUAAAUUGAGGACAAAUUUACGGUUAUUUAUGUAAAAAGAUCUGUUUUUUCA